AGCAUGAAGCGGGACGUGCGCAUCCUGCUGCUUGGCGAGACCCAGGUGGGGAAGACGUCGCUGAUCCUGUCGCUGGUUGGCGAGGAGUUCCCCGAGGAGGUCCCUCCCCGGGCAGAAGAGAUCACCAUUCCCGCGGACGUCACCCCAGAGAAGGUGCCCACCCACAUCGUGGAUUACUCAGAGGCUGAGCAGACAGUCGAGGAGCUUCAGGACGAGAUUCACAAGGCAAACGUGGUGUGCGUGGUGUAUGACGUGUCUGAGGAGGCCACUAUUGAGAAGAUCCGAACCAAAUGGAUCCCGCUGGUGAAUGGGAAUACCAAGAGGGGGGCCAGGGUCCCCAUUAUCCUGGUGGGCAACAAGUCGGACCUGCGGCCGGGGGGCUCCAUGGAGGCUGUGCUGCCCAUCAUGAGCCAGUUCCCUGAGAUCGAGACCUGUGUGGAGUGCUCGGCGAAGAACCUGAAAAACAUCUCAGAGCUGUUCUACUACGCACAGAAGGCCGUGCUACACCCCACGGCCCCCCUCUAUGACCCUGAGGCCAAGCAGCUGAUGCCCGAGUGCACCCAGGCCCUCACACGCAUCUUCAGGCUCUCAGACCAGGACAUGGACCAGGUGCUCAGUGACCAGGAGCUCAACGCUUUCCAGAUGUCCUGCUUCGGGCACCCUCUUGCCCCACAGGCCCUGGAGGACGUGAAGGUGGUGGUGAGCAAGAAUGUGGCAGGAGGCGUGCGAGAUGACCGGCUGACCCUGGACGGCUUCCUUUUCUUGAACACACUCUUCAUCCAGCGAGGCCGCCACGAGACCACGUGGACCAUCCUGAGGCGCUUUGGCUACGGCGACUCGCUUGAGCUGACAGCCAACUACCUCUGCCCACCGCUCCGUGUGCCCCCCGGAUGCAGCACCGAGCUCAACCACCGCGGCUACCAGUUUGUGCAGAGGAUGUUCGAGAAGCAUGACCAGGACCGGGAUGGCGCCCUCUCGCCAGCAGAGCUGCAGAGCCUCUUCAGCGUGUUUCCUGCUGCUCCCUGGGGCCCCCAGCUCCCUCGCACGGUCCGCACCGAGGCCGGUCGGUUGCCCCUGCAUGGGUAUCUCUGCCAGUGGACUCUGGUGACAUACUUGGACGUCCAGCACUGUCUUGAGCACCUUGGCUACCUGGGCUUCCCCACCCUCUGCGAGCAGGAUUCCCAGGCCCACGCCAUCACAGUCACCCGGGAUAAGAGGCUGGACCAGGAGAAGGGACAAACGCAGAGAAACGUUUUCUUGUGCAAGGUGGUAGGGGCCCGUGGAGUGGGCAAGUCCUCCUUCCUGCAAGCUUUCCUUGGCCAUGGCCUGGGGGUGAGUGAUGCUGGGGAGCCUGCCGGGGAGCCCUCUGCCUACACCAUCGACACCGUGCAGGUCAACGGGCAGGAGAAGUACCUGAUCCUGUGUGAGGUGGGUGCAGACAGCCUCCUGACCGCCUCGGCCGACGCCACCUGUGACAUCGCCUGCUUGAUGUUUGACAGCAGCCACCCCAGGUCCUUCUCGCUGUGCGCCAGUGUCUACAAGCGCCACUACAUGGACAGGCAGACCCCCUGCCUCUUCGUCUCCUCCAAGGCUGACUUGCCCGAAGGCGUCUUGCUGCCUGGUCUGUCUCCGACUGAGUUCUGCCGUAGGCACCGGCUGCCCGCCCCGGCCCUGUUCUCUUGUGCUGGCCCAGCCGAGCCCCGCGCGGCCAUCUUCACCCGGCUCGCCACCAUGGCCGCCUUCCCACACCUUGUCCACGGGGAGCUGCAUGCCACCUCCUUCUGGCUCCGGGUGGCGCUGGGGGCCGUCGGGGCUGCCGUCGCUGCCGUUCUCAGCUUCUCACUCUACAGGAUCUUGGUGAAGAGCCGAUGA